GUAAAGCAAAUAAUGGAGGAAGCCGUCACAAGGAAAUUUGUGCACGAGGACAGCAGCCACAUCAUUUCUUUCUGCGCCGCUGUCGAAGGCUGCGUCCUUCACGGACUCAAGCGCCGGGCGGCCGGUUUCCUGCGGAGCAACAAGAUCGCUGCCCUGUUUAUGAAGGUGGGCAAGAGCUUUCCCCCCGCCGAGGAGCUCUCCCGCAAAGUGCAGGGCCUGGAGCAGCUCAUCGAGAGCACGCGAAACCAGGGCUCCAGCCUGCAGGAAGGCCCUCGCAAAGCUCCGAGGCCCCCCGGCCUCUCCCCGCAAGCCAUCAAGCACCUCUGGAUCCGGACGGCGCUCUUUGAGAAGGUCCUGGACAAAAUUGUCCACUACCUGGUGGAAAACAGCAGCAAAUACUACGAGAAGGAGGCUUUGCUCAUGGAUCCGGUUGAUGGGCCAAUCCUGGCCUCUUUGCUGGUGGGUCCUUGCGCCCUGGAGUACACCAAGAUGAAGACGGCUGAUCACUUCUGGACCGAUCCCUCAGCAGACGAGCUGGUCCAAAGACACCGAAUCCACAGCUCCCACGGCCGGCAAGACUCGCCAACCAAGCGCCCGGCACUCUGCAUCCAGAAGAGGCACUCCAGCGGCAGCAUGGAUGACCGGCCGACCCUGUCCGCCAGGGAUUACGUGGAGUCGCUGCACCAGAACUCCCGGGCCACCCUCUUGUACGGCAAAAACAAUGUCUUGGUGCAACCACGAGACGACAUGGAAGCCAUUCCGGGCUAUUUAUCCCUUCACCAGACGGCCGACAUCAUGACGCUGAAGUGGACCCCAAACCAGCUGAUGAACGGCUCUGUGGGCGACCUGGACUACGAGAAAAGCAUUUACUGGGACUACGCCAUGACCAUCCACCUGGAGGACAUUGUCUACCUUCACUGCCACCAGCAGGUAGACAGUGGGGGCACCGUGGUCCUGGUCAGCCAAGAUGGCAUCCAGCGCCCUCCGUUGAAGUUCCCGAAGGGAGGGCAUCUGCUUCAGUUCCUCUCCUGCCUGGAGAACGGCCUGCUGCCCCACGGCCAGCUGGAUCCGCCCCUCUGGUCACAAAGGGGAAAGGGGAAAGUGUUCCCAAGACUGAAGAAACGCAACCUGCAGGGGCCUUCGGAGCCUUCCUCGGACAGGGAGGAAGAGGAGGCCACGGAUUACGUCUUCCGCAUCCUCUAUCCAGGCAUCCAAGACUUCGCUGCCCAGGAUCUGAUGGAGGCGCCAGGCAGCGCCCUCCCUUCCAUGUGGCAGCCAGGCACCCACAAGGCCUCCUGCUCUUCCUGCGCCCAGGGGGGGCCCUCCGAGAACGGCCUGUUGAAUGGCUGCAACCACGAAAGAGCCCCCCUGAAGCUGCUGUGUGACAACAUGAAGUACCAAAUUGUCUCUCGGGCAUUUUAUGGCUGGCUGGCCUACUGCCGGCACCUUUCGACCGUCCGGACGCACCUCUCGGCGCUGGUCAACCACGACAUUGUGUCUCCCGAGGUGCCCUGCGAUGCCGGCUCGGGGCUGACGGCGGAGAUCUGGGGGCGUUUUCUCCAGGACAGCACGAGCUACCAGGAGAAGGAGCUCCUUCGGCUGGUCUACUUCGGAGGAGUCCAGCCUAAGAUUCGGAAGUCCGUCUGGCCCUUCCUGCUGGGCCAUUAUCAGUUUGGGAUGCCGGAAGCCGAGAGGAAAGAGGUGGACCUGCAGACCCGCGCCCACUACGAGCAAACCAUGGCUGAGUGGCUGGGCUGCGAGGCCAUCGUCCGGCAGCGGGAGAAGGAGUCGCACGCCGCGGCCUUGGCCAAGUGCUCCUCGGGGGCCAGCCUGGAGUCCCAGGUGGGGUCCCUGAGGCACCGCGACUCCACCAUCAGCGACAGCUCUUCCCAGAGCAGCAGUUUUGGCCCUCAGAACCUCAGCCGGCUGCAGAGCGACUCCAGCGGCAGCACCCAGGUAUUUGAAUCGGUGGAGGAGCUGGAGCAGACGGAAGCGGAGUUGAAGCUGGAGGCCGGCAGGCGGGCGGCUCUGCCCGACGGGGGGCUCCCCGAGGUCGGCUCCUGCUCCCCCGACUCCGGCCACCCUUCCUCCCAGAACUUCUCCGUCGCCUCGGCCUACUCGGAGCAGAGCUUUAGCAAUGAGGAGGGCUGGCCGGAGGGAGGGAAAGGGGGGGCCGCCCAGACCAUCGGGGAAGGGCCCCCGCCUGCCACGGAAAGUGGCCCCCUGGAUGGCAAGGGGGAGGCGGAAGGGCCCCAGGGGGGAGUCUCUGCGGCCAGGAGCCUGGACACCUUCAUCGGGAUGGGCAAGGAACCGCCCGGGAAAGAGGGGAGGGCCCUCUCCGUGGCUGACCGCUGGGCCCCGCCCAGCACAGAGCAGCAGCCGAGUUCCAUGGGGAGUGAAGACGACCUCUCGGAAGAGCCCGAGAUGGAGAGCCUCUACCCAACUCUGGAUUCGCACUCGCUGGCUGUCACCGACCUCACCUUGAGCGAAGUCUCCCCUGUCUCCUCCUCGGGGGUGACCUACUCGCCGGAGCUCCUGGACCUCUACACGGUCAACCUGCACCGGAUCGAGAAGGACGUGCAGAGGUGUGACCGGAACUAUUGGUACUUCUCCCCGGGCAACCUGGAGAAGCUGCGCAACGUCAUGUGCAGCUACAUCUGGCACCACAUGGACGUGGGCUACGUCCAGGGCAUGUGUGACUUGCUGGCUCCUCUGCUUGUCAUCCUGGAUGAGGAAGCUCUGGCCUUCAGCUGCUUCACGGAGCUGAUGAAGAGGAUGAAUCAGAACUUCCCCCACGGGGGAGCCAUGGACACCCACUUCGCCAACAUGCGCUCCCUCAUCCAGAUUCUGGACUCGGAGCUCUUUGAACUGAUGCACCAAAACGGGGAUUACACCCAUUUCUACUUCUGCUAUCGCUGGUUCCUCUUGGAUUUCAAGCGAGAGCUGGUCUACGAGGAUGUCUUCACUGUCUGGGAGACGAUCUGGGCGGCGACCGAGGUCUCAUCGUCCUGCUACGUCCUCUUCAUCGCCCUGGCCCUGGUGGAGGUGUAUCGGGACAUCAUCCUGGAGAACAAUAUGGACUUCACAGACAUCAUCAAGUUCUUCAACGAAAUGGCUGAGCGGCACAACACCAAGCAGAUCCUGCAGCUGGCACGGGAACUGGUCUCCAAGGUCCAGACACUCAUUGAGAACAAAUGA